UUACGGUUGACAAAUCAAGAGCGUACUUUCCAGCAUGACUACAACACUUACAUGUUGCUGUGAAAAAUAGACCCUAGGCCUAUUGACUGUCGUUUUGCUGUUACGCAGAACUCGCGAAGUAUCUUUCCAGCCCAAGAACCUAUCAAGGGCUAGGAAAAUGCUGCGGAUUUUCCUUCAGACGUUGGUGGCUGCAGCUACAUUUCAAAUUAUAGAUGCAGUGGACUUCGCACUAAUUGCUGAUCUCAUGACCGGUGCCAUCUACGCGGGAAGCAUGAGUCAAAAUCUGUCGGACUUAGCACGCCUUCCACUCAGUGGGGUCAGUCGUCCUGUUGCCGUUGACUAUGAUCCGGUAGACAGAAUGGUCUACUGGACUGACGUGGCUAGCCUGCCCUCGCCUAAGAUUUCAAGAGCAUAUCUGAAUGGAGGCAACCAAAUGACGCUUGUGGACAGUGUAGAAGUUCCAGACGGGUUAGCACUGGAUGUUGUAGCAAGGAUGAUGUAUUGGACAGAUGAUGACCUUAGACACGUCGCACGUGCUCCUAUGGACGGCAAUGGCACCACGGAGAUCAUCCUUGAACGUCUAGAUCACCCAAGAGCCAUUAUAGUUGACCAUGACAAUGGACACAUCUACUGGACAGACUGGGGACAGAUUGCCAAAGUCGAGAGAGCGGACUUAAACGGCGAAAACAGGACUGUGAUAAUUGAUACAGACCUCUUUUGGCCGAAUGGUAUUGCAAAAGACGACAACUAUUUGUACUGGUGUGAUGCUUAUCUUGACAAAGUCGAGCGUAGCGACCUCCUUGGCAAUAACAGGACGCUCAUCAUAGACCUGUCUAGUCUUUACCGACCCAUUCAUCCGUUUGACGUGGCCGUCUACGACGAGUAUGUGUUCUUGACCGAUUGGGCCGACUCGGUAAUUCGUCGUGUCUCUUCCAACGGCACCUCUGAGUUUUUUGGCCCGGCACUCUUUGCUCAGGCUGGAGGCAUUCAUAUUUACAGAGAACCUAGCUACUGCAAUAGUUCUCUCUGCAAUUCCAAUGGAACUUGCGUGGAUGUCAUCGGCGGAUUUUCUUGUGAUUGCCAAACAGGUUACGACGGCCCAACCUGUGAAUAUGCCGGCCUUCGUCUGAUCGGAAACACAACCCGUAGCGAGGGACGACUAGAGAUUUUCCUGAACGGUGAAUGGGGUACGGUGUGUAACACCUCAUGGGGACUGGCAGACGCCCACGUGGCGUGCAGGCAGCUGGGCUUCCCGGCAGGUGCCAUCAAGGUUACAAGUGGCUCGAUGUAUGGUGGUGGCGUGGGUCCGAUUCAUUUGGACAAUUUCGGCUGCACGGGUCAGGAAAACUUCUUGGAAGCUUGCCCUCACGCCAGCACUGGGGUUCAUGACUGUACCCAUAGUGCGGAUGUAGGCGUCUUAUGUUCACCUUCGGUUCGUUUAGUGAACGGUUCAAGACCCAACGAAGGUCGUGUGGAGGUCUUCUGGAAUGACACCUGGGGAACAGUAUGCGACGACGGAUGGGGUGUCGAUGAGGCUACCGUCGUCUGCCGAGAGCUAGGGUUCGCCGGAGCUCGAGCAGAAGCCUUUCCGCGCGCUUUAUUCGGAGAGGGACAAGGGCUGCAGAUAGUGCUGGAUGAUGUGAGGUGUGUGGGUGAUGAGGAUACAUUAUUUCAGUGCCAACACAGAGUUCCAGGCAGUCACAACUGUCUCCACUACGAAGAUGCUGGAGUUCGUUGUGCCGAACUCCGUCUUGUUGGCGGCAGAACGCGUAACGAAGGCCGGCUUGAGAUCCUCACAAACGGCGUAUGGGGAACAGUUUGUGACGACUCAUGGGGACUACAGGACGCCCGAGUGGCUUGCAGACAGCUCGGCUUCCCCAAUGCCAUCAGCGCUACUCAAGGAGGAACUUUCAGAAGUGGAGGUGGACCCAUUCACAUCGGCAAUGUCACGUGCUCUGGUCAGGAAAGCAGCCUUCAAAUUUGCCCAGUUGACAUUCGUCCAACUCAGUGCACUCACAGUGAGGAUGCAGGAGUUGUGUGCAGUCCUUCAGUGCGGUUGGUGAACGGAGGGAGCGCUAGUGAGGGUCGCGUGGAAAUAUUUUUCCGUGAUACCUGGGGAACCGUUUGUGAUGACCUCUGGGAUACUCGAGACGCUUCUGUUGUCUGCAGGGAGCUUGGUUUUUCCAGAGCAUUGAGUGUGGGCUACUAUGGUUCUGGCUUUGGGCUGCAGAUUUUGCUCGACAAUGUCGCUUGCAGUGGCGACGAGGCAACGCUGUUUGACUGCAGUCAUCCCGGCCCUGGCAAUCACAACUGCGCACACUUUGAAGAUGCCGGACUCCAAUGUGACGCCUGCAGCCACGACUUUUGUACAAAUGGAGGAACGUGUAACACCCUACCAGGCGGAAUCUUUUGUCAUUGUCCAGCAGGCUUUGAUGGCCCGAGUUGCGAAUUCGCUGGUCUACGUUUAGUUGGAGGGAACUUGCGAAGCGAGGGCAGGCUGGAGGUCCUCCUGAGCGGGGAGUGGGGCACGGUUUGUGAUCGCUCGUGGGGGCUGGAAGAGGCCCAGGUGGCAUGCAGGCAGCUGGGCUUCCCUUGGGCUGUUGAGGCUACCUUGGGAGGAUCUUUUGCCGGUGGAACAGGCCCUGUCCAUCUGCAAGGUGUGAUGUGCAAUGGUCAGGAGAGUAAUCUUUUGAACUGUUCGCAUAGCGGUAUCGGAGUCCACAACUGCACUCAUGCUGAGGACGCUGGUGUCGUGUGUAAUCCCAGAGUUCGCUUGGUAAACGGUCAAAGUCCCAGCGAGGGUCGCGUGGAGGUGUUUUGGAAUAGUGCCUGGUGGACGAUCUGCGAUGACUAUUGGGGCAUCAAUGACGCCACAGUCAUCUGCCGUGAACUAGGCUAUUCUCGAGCAGUGCAAGCCCUUCGGUAUGCUGAAUUUGGCGAAGGAGUUGUUGAUACACUUCUUGACGAUCUUCAUUGUCGGGGUGAUGAGGAGACAGUGUUUGAUUGCCAGCACAGGGGCCCACAGAUACAUGACUGUACUCACCGCGAAGAUGCUGGGGUCGAGUGCGAGCCAUGCGACAGCAUGCCAUGUCUGAAUGGAGGAAGCUGCUCUAGUUUCCCUGGCAACUUUAGCUGUCAGUGUCGUGAAGGAUACAGUGGACCAGCCUGUGAAAUUGUUGAACUCCGCCUUAUUGGAGGCAGAACCCGUAAUGAGGGCCGGAUCGAGAUCUUCCUCAACGGUACGUGGGGCACGCUCUGUGACAACUUGUGGGGGUUGGAGGAAGCUCAAGUGGCGUGCCGACAGUUGGGAUUUCCCGGUGUCAUGGAGGUUGCGCCGGACAGGUCUUUAUACGGCGACGGAUUCGGGCCGAUUCACCUCGACAACAUCUCGUGCAUUGGUGAUGAAAACGGUCUGGAGAGUUGCCAGCACAGAGGAAUCGGAGUCCAUAAUUGUAAUCACUCCAUGGAUGCAGUUGUCAGUUGUAAUUCUGCAGUUCGUUUAGUGGACGGCUCAACUACUAAUGAAGGACGCGUGGAGGUGUUUUAUAAUGGUGUCUGGGGAACCGUGUGCGAUGAUGGCUGGAGCUCCACUGAUGCUAAUGUCGUCUGCCGAGAGCUGGGGUUUGGCGAAGCAGCGCAUGCCCUGGCGGGUGGGAUUUUUGGUCCGGCAGGGGAGCUGGAUAUUCUUCUCGACAAUCUGAACUGUCAGGGCAAUGAGCAGACGUUGUUCGGUUGUCAGCAUGCAGGUCUGUGGAAUCACGACUGUACGCAUUCUGAGGAUGCAGGUGUCAGCUGUGCUAAUAUACGUCUUGAAGAUGGGAACAGCCGCAAUGAAGGUCGGGUUGAGAUCUUCCUCAGUGGCGAAUGGGGCACAGUGUGUGAUGACUCAUGGGGGAUGGAGGAGGCCCGGGUGGUUUGCAGGCAACUGGGCUUUCCUGGUGCCAUCGACGCUACCCUAGGUGGUGUUUUCCCAAGAGGAACUGGGCCGAUUUAUUUGACCGGUGUUAUGUGUUCCUCGCUCGAUAGUAGUCUUCAGAGUUGUCCACGUGAUGAGAAUAGAGCCCACAAUUGCACUCACAGCCAGGAUGCAGGCGUGAUAUGUUCCCGUGCAGUUCGUUUGGAAAACGGCCAGAGCUCAAACGAAGGACGCGUUGAGGUGUUUUGGGACGGAUCCUGGUGGACCAUCUGUGAUAUCGAUUGGAACAUCAUCGACGCAGGAAUCGUAUGUAGGGAACUGGGCUUCUCCAGAGCCGUUCAUGCUGUACCCGGGGGCACCUUCGGUGGAAACUUUGGGCUGAGUAUACUACAGCCAAGUCGAUAUUGUUUUGCAAGCGAUGAGACACUUAUAGAUUGUGGAUACAGGAGGCAGGCAUUCUCAUCGUUUCCUUUCUGCUCACAUGCGUAUGAUGCGGGGGUAAGGUGCGAACCCUGUGACAGCCGACCAUGUAUGAACGGGGGUAAUUGCCAGAGUACCACCAUUGGCUUCACGUGCCACUGCCCAGCUGGUUUUAGUGGACCGACCUGUGCCGUUGCUGAGCUUCGUCUGGUAGACGGAAGUAACCGUUACGAAGGCAGGCUUGAAAUCAGUAUCAACGGCACUUGGGGCACUGUUUGUGGUGACCUGUGGGACCUACAGGACGCCCAAGUAGCCUGCAGGCAGCUCGGUUUCCCUGGUGUUAUCCGGGAAACUCAUGGUGGAUCUUUUGGAAAUGGAACGGGCCCAAUUUAUCUCGACGAUGUCAUAUGCACUGGUGAUGAAGAAAACCUGGAGAGUUGUGUACAUGCUGGCAUAGGAAUACACAACUGUGAUCACUCAAAUGACGUGGGAGUUGUGUGCGAGCCUGCAGUCCGAUUAGUGGGUGGCUCGACAUCGAAUGAAGGGCGUGUUGAAGUGUUCUCCGGUGGCGUGUGGGGAACCAUCUGCGACGAUCGUUGGGACCUGAUGAACGCCGCUGUCGUCUGCCGUGAGCUUGGCUUAGGAGGGGCCCUGGACGCUCUGUCCCGGGCUGCCUUCGGGGGUGGUUACGGACUUGAAAUUCUGCUGGAUAACGUAGCUUGCAUCGGGGACGAAGAUACCGUGUUUGAUUGCCGUCAUCCAGGACUGGGGAAUCACAAUUGUGGUCACUCUGAAGAUGCAGGAGUUCGGUGUGGUCGACUUCGCCUUGCUGAUGGCAACAGCUAUAAAGAUGGUCGCGUUGAGGUGUUUCUCAACGGAGUAUGGGGUACAGUAUGCGACGACUCGUGGGGACGACAGGACGCCCAGGUGGCUUGCCGGCAGCUUGGCUUCCCCGGCGCCAUAGAAGCUAUCCCGGCAGGAUCGUUUGGAGCUGGUGACGGUCCAAUCCACCUGAACGAUGUGGCAUGCACCGGUCUCGAAAGCGACCUCCACAGUUGUUCGCACAGUGGGGUCGGUGUUCAUAACUGUACUCAUAGUGAAGACGCAGGCGUCAUAUGUGACCACUCAGUGAGACUGGUUGACGGCUCAAGUUCCAACGAAGGCCGAGUAGAGGUGUUCUUGAAUGGGAGUUGGGGAACGGUUUGCGACGAUUUUUGGGGUAUUUUCGAUGCUACAGUCGUCUGCCGGCAACUGGGCUUCUCCCGAGCGGUGCGAGCCCUUACAGGUGGUGCCUUUGGAGGGAACUACGGACUAGAGAUACUACUUGAUAAUGUUGCUUGCAGGGGUGAUGAACAGACUAUCUUCAAUUGUCCACAUAAAGGUGUUGGGAUCCACAACUGUGGACAUUACCAGGAUGCUGGGGUUCGAUGUGAGCCUUGUGACAGUGAACCCUGUAUGAACGGUGGAUCUUGCACCAGUUCUUCUACAAAUUUCACCUGCAGUUGUGCUCCUGGUUACUCUGGACUUACCUGCGAAUUUGCUGAACUGCGUCUUGUCGGAGGAAGCACUCGUAAUGAGGGUCGACUUGAGAUCUUUCUGAACGGAACGUGGGGUACAGUGUGCGGUGACCACUGGGAUCUACGGGACGCCCAGGUGGCUUGCAGACAGCUCGGUUUCCCCGGUGUCACAGAUGCUGUGGCAACAGGCUCAUAUGGAAACGGCACUGGACCGAUUUACCUGGAUGAUCUCAUGUGCACCGGCAGAGAAAGCAAUCUAGAAAGCUGUAUUCACAGUGGGAUUGGAGUCAAUAAUUGCAACCAUGCCCAGGAUGUAGCCAUUGCGUGUUCCCUUGCAGUCCGCUUAGCGGACGGUUCCAGUUCCAAUGAAGGGCGGGUGGAGGUGUACUCCAACAGUGUCUGGGGGACUAUCUGUGAUGACUACUGGGACUUGAAUGACGCAGCUGUCAUCUGCCGGGAGCUGGGUCGCGGAGGUGCUUUACGGGCCUUGACUGGGGCUGUCUUUGGUGGUGGCUACGGGCUGGAUAUACUCCUGGAUAAUGUUGAAUGUACGGGUGAUGAAGAGACUGUGUUCAGUUGCUCACACAAUGGAGUCGGGAUUCACAACUGCAGACAUUACGAGGAUGCUGGGGUCAGAUGUGGUGAGAUUCGUCUCGUUGGCGGUGACACUCACAACGAAGGCCGCUUAGAGAUCUUCACUAAUGGCCAAUGGGGCACGGUAUGCGAUGACUCGUGGGGAUUUCAGGACGCCCAGGUGGCUUGCAGGCAGCUUGGCUUCCCCGGUGCCAUCAGGGCUGCCGAGGGAGGAUUAUUCGGAGUUGGUACUGGACCAAUACACCUGGAUGAUGUAUCAUGCACUGGUCUCGAAAACAACCUCACUAGUUGUCCUCACAGAGGGAUCGGGGUUCAUAAUUGCACGCAUGACGAUGACGCAGGCGUCAAAUGUAACCCAUCAAUUCGACUGGUGGACGGUUUAAGCUCCAACGAAGGCCGCGUGGAGGUGUACUACAAUGGCGCUUGGGGAACAAUUUGUCAUGACAGCUGGAGUCUUAACGAUGCUAGAGUCGUCUGCCGGCAACUGGGCUACUCCCGAGCCAUGCGAGCUCUUACAGGGGGUGCCUUUGGAGAGAACUUUGGGCUGCAGAUUCUACUGGAUAAUGUUGCUUGUAGGGGCAGAGAAGAGACUCUUUUCGAUUGUAGACACAAUGGUGUUGGCAUUCACAACUGUGGACAUCAAGAGGAUGCUGGCGUCCGAUGUGAGCCGUGUGACAGUGACCCUUGUUUGAACGGUGGGAUUUGUAGCAGUUUCGUUAGUGGUUUCACGUGCAACUGUAGCAUGGGAUACAGUGGACCUACUUGUGCAUUUGCUGAACUCCGUCUUGUCAACGGGAGCAAGCCUUAUGAGGGGCGUCUUGAAAUCUUCCUCAACGGCACGUGGGGUUCAGUGUGCGGCGACCAGUGGGGCAUACAUGACGCGCAGGUGGCAUGCAGACAGCUCGGUUUUCCCCAGGCUGUGGCAGCCACACCGGGUGGUUCGUACGGAAGCGGCACGGGGCCAGUUUACCUGGAUGACCUCGUGUGCACCGGUCGGGAAGGCAAUCUGGAGAGUUGCAGGCACAACGGGCUCGGAGUUCAUAACUGCAGCCACACCAACGAUGCGGGGGUCAUUUGUUCUCCACGAGUUCGCCUAGUCGAUGGUUCGAACCAAAAAGAAGGACGUGUGGAGGUGUUCUCAGGGGUUGCCUGGGGGACUGUGUGUGAUGAUGGCUGGGACCUGCGCGAUGCCACUGUGGUCUGCCGGGAGUUGGGUUUUGGCAGAGCAGUACGGGCGCUGAAAGGGGCUGCUUUCGGUCAGAAUAGUGGUUUACCGAUCGCGCUUGGUAACCUUGCCUGCUCGGGUGAUGAACAGACUAUCUUAGACUGCCGACAAGGUGCUCUGGGAAUCAACUAUUGCUAUCAUUCUGAGGAUGCUGGGGUCCAAUGUGAUAACAUUCGCCUUAGUGGUGGCAACAACUUCAGCGAAGGCCGGGUAGAAGUGUUCGUCAACGGUCAGUGGGGCACAGUGUGUGACAGAUCAUGGAAUAUAGAGGAUGCCCGGGUAGCUUGCAGACAGCUAGGGUUCCCAGAUGCCAUGGAGGCUAUCCAAGGAGGAUCAUUUGAGGGUGGAAGUGGACCCAUUCAUUUGGCGGAUCUCGGUUGUGCUGGAACUGAGUCAGACCUGCCAAGUUGCCCCCAUGCCGGUGUCCAAAACUGUUCUCACGAUGACGAUGCGGGCCUCAAAUGCAUUCCAAGGGUUCGUUUGGUCAAUGGUGCCAGCUCCAACGAAGGUCGGGUAGAGGUUUAUUGGAGCGGUAGUUGGGGAACAGUUUGCAACGACUUCUGGAGUUUUAACGACGCACGAGUCAUCUGCAGGGAAUUAGGCUUCUCCAGAGCUCUACGCGCCAUCACCGACGGCUCCUUCGGUGGGAACUACGCACUUGACAUAUUUCUGGAUAAUGUCUUCUGUACCGGGACCGAGGUGACAAUCUUUGAUUGUCCGCACGCCGGGCUUGGGGUUCACAAUUGCAGACAUCAUGAGGAUGCCGGGGUCCGAUGCGAGCCAUGUGACAGCGAACUGUGUCUAAAUGGAGCCACGUGCACCAGUUCGUAUUCGGGACGUUACACUUGCCAUUGUCUCACGGGCUUCAGUGGGAGACAUUGCGAAAAUGCUGAACUACGUCUUGUCGGAGGAAGCACUCGUAAUGAGGGUCGGCUUGAGAUCUUUCUGAACGGAACGUGGGGCACGGUGUGCGGUGACCACUGGGAUCUACGGGACGCCCAGGUGGCUUGCAGGCAACUCGGUUUCCCCAAUGUCACGGAGGCCUUAAGAGGGGGAUCUUUUGGAAGUGGAACUGGACCGAUUUACCUGGAUGACCUCCUUUGCACCGGUCGGGAAAGCAAUCUGGAAAGUUGCGCGCAUAGUGGGGUUGGAGUCCAUAACUGUAACCACACUAACGAUGCCGGGGUCAUCUGUCAACCAAGAGUUCGCUUAGCAGAUGGUUCCAGUUCCAAUGAAGGGCGCGUGGAAGUAUACUCUAACGGUGUCUGGGGGACUAUCUGUGAUGACUACUGGGACUUGAACGACGCCGCUGUAAUCUGCCGGGAGCUGGGUUUCGGAGGUGCUUUACGGGCCUUGACUGGGGCUUUCUUUGGUGGUGGCUAUGGGCUGGAUAUACUCCUGGAUAAUAUUGAAUGUACGGGUGAUGAAGAGACUGUGUUCAAUUGCUCACACAAUGGAGUCGGGAUUCACGACUGCGCACAUUUCGAGGACGCUGGGGUCAGAUGUGAGAAACUCCGUCUUGUUAACGGCACAAUCCCUAAUGAGGGCCGACUUGAAGUCUUCCUAAAUGGUGAAUGGGGCAUAAUUUGUGGCAACUCUUGGGGAUUAGAGGAAGCAGAGGUGAGUUGCCGGCAGCUGGGUUUCCCAGCAGCUGUUGAAGCCACCCAGGGCUCGUUGUUUGGACUUGCCACCGGGCCGGUUCAUCUUCGGAACGUAACGUGUACUGGUGUCGAAAACGACUUUGAGAACUGUCAGUAUGAUACGACCGGCUUUGACAAUUGUAAUCUCUCAGAAGUUGCAGGAGUCGUGUGUUCACCAUCAGUUCGCUUGGUUGACGGCUCGGGCUCCUACGAGGGUCGCGUGGAGGUGUACUGGAAUGGUGCCUGGGGAACAGUCUGCGAUGAUUACUGGGGACUGAGCGACGCCACUGUCGUCUGUCGUGAAUUGGGCUUCUCUAACGCCAUCCGAGCCCUGGGCAGUGCUUUUUUCGGUGGCGGAUACGGGCUGGACAUACUUCUUGACAAUGUUGACUGCACUGGCCAAGAAGACACGAUAUUCCAAUGCCGUCACAGGGGUGUGGGAGUCCACGAUUGUAGACAUUACGAAGAUGCUGGAGUCCGAUGUGACCCAUGCGGCUAUAAUCCAUGCAGGAACGGUGGGAAUUGCACUAUCACAAGCAGCGGUUUUAGCUGUCAGUGUUCCGACGGAUAUACUGGGUUAACAUGUAACGUCUCUGACCUUCGCCUCAACCCUGAUGGCCGCAUCGAGAUUUUCCUUAACGGUGAAUGGGGAACGAUUUGUGGCAACUCGUGGGACAUAGAAGACGCCCAAGUAGCUUGCAGGCAGCUUGGCUUUCCUAACGCUACCUCAGCAAUCAAGGGUGGGAUUUUGGGGAGUGGCACGGGACCGAUUCAUCUCAGUAACAUAUCGUGUACUGGACUUGAAGAUAACUUGGAGCAGUGUCUGCACACUAGAAAUCCAACCCACAACUGUAAUCAUAGCCAGGAUGCAGGCGUCACAUGUGCACCAUCAGUCCGUUUGGUCAACGGCAUGGUACCUACGGAGGGGCUUGUCGAGGUGUUCCUUGGUGGUUCCUGGGGAUAUAUCUGCGACUCUGUUUUACCCCCAGCCUGGGAUUUGGAUGCAGCUAAUGUCGUUUGUCGGGAACUGGGCUUUGUCAGCGCAGUGCAAGCCUUGCGAUGGCCAGGUCCUUCACCACCGGUACUCCUCAGUGAUGUUGAUUGUGAAGGAGACGAACGGUCUCUCCUCGAGUGUCGUGUUUUUAAUAACAAUCAGCUUUGCCUGCCUGGCGAUGGAGUAGGUGUGAGAUGCAUUGUUGGUUGUCAGAUAGCUCCCGAGCCUUUUAGUAUUGUCAUGAUCCGACCACCUCAACGGGUUGCCUAUAGUCCCGGUGAAUCGGUCAGGUAUUUCUGCCUGGACGGUUAUCUGCUCGUUGGGUCCGCUGUACGAGUAUGCCAGUCUAACCAGACCUGGUCCGGUCAGCCAGCGGCUUGCAUCGAAGAUCCUUGCAUCAGUAAUCCUUGUUUAAACGAGGCAACUUGCGACAGUGAUCCGAAUGGCUUCGAUUGUGUCUGCCCAGCUGGCUACGAAGGGCCGACAUGUUCAGAUGUUGCCCAUUGUGUCCUUGCGCCUAAUUCAUCCAAUGUCAUCGUGGUAGUAUCAGGCCAACAGGAUCUAUACCUUCCUGGUGACUGGGUUGAGUAUGACUGCCCGGCCGGAUAUCAUCUCAACGGAUCUGCUGUCAGGAUUUGUCUGUCUGAUUUCUCAUGGUCGGGACAGCAGACAGACUGUGUUGGAGAGAAUUGCGGCGACAGACCAUGCUUAUAUGGGGGUACCUGUACCAGUUCAGUAGACGGGUUUACCUGCAAGUGUCCAUCUGGUUAUGAAGGACGAAUAUGUGAAACAGUUGUUCAGUGCGUGCUUCGUCCCGACCCAGCUGAUUUACUGAUGGUGGUUUCAGGUCAGCAGUCGGUCUACCUUUCUGGUGACACAGUUGAGUAUGAUUGUCCCAACGGUUAUCAUCUUGACGGAUCCGCCUCAAGGAUUUGCAAGUCAGACUUUACUUGGUCUGGCCAACCCGCAGUCUGUGUUGCAGAAAAUUGCGACAGUGCACCGUGUAUGUACGGGGGGACCUGCAUAAGCUCUGUCGAAGGGUUCACCUGCAUGUGUCCAGCUGGCUACAAAGGUCGCACGUGUUCAACGGUUGCCCAGUGCAUGCUUAAUACCCCUGACCUCUCGGGCAAUCUGACGGUGGUAUCAGGCCAGCAGGCUGUCUACCUUCCUGGUGACUCAGUUACGUAUGACUGCCCGGAUGGAUAUCAUCUCAGCGGGUCCGCCACGAGGAUAUGUGGGUCAGAUUUCACCUGGUCCGGGCAGCCUGCUCUUUGCGUUGAGGAGAAUUGCGACAGUGCACCGUGCCUGUAUGGGGGAACUUGUGUGAGUUCUGUCGACGGGUUCACCUGUAAUUGUCCAGCUGGCUAUGAAGGUCGAACCUGUGCAAAUGUUGCCCACUGCGUUCUUCCUCACAACCAGGCCAACGUUCUGAUAGUGGUAUCAGAUCAGCAGGCUCUCUACCUUCCUGGUGACACAGUGAAGUAUGGCUGCCCGAACGGAUAUUAUCUCAGUGGCUCUGCUGUGAGGGUUUGCCAAUCUGACUUCACCUGGUCGGGGUCGUCUGCAGUCUGUACUCGAGACCCAUGUGCAAGCAGGCCGUGUGCUAAUGGAGGAAACUGUACUAGUAAUCUCGGCACCAUCACUUGCCAGUGCCCUGAUGGUUUUGUUGGAGCAACGUGCGCAACAGAAACCGGCUGUAAGCCUCCAGUUCUAUCGGCUAAUGUGACCCUCGUAAACAGUGGUGCGUCGUGGUUUGCACAUGGAUACGAGAUAACUCUUACCUGUCAGAAAGGCUACGUCGUAAAGGGCUCUGCCGACCAGUCAGUACAGCAAGUCUGCCGCUCCAAUGGGACUUGGUCUGGCAAACUUGUGCAAUGCGUUCCAGCCCCGUCCUCAAAGGGUACUAAAGAUAAGUCCAGUUCAUCUGUUCCCUCAAUUGUCGGUGGUGUCGUUGGUGGCAUUAUUUUGCUCAUUCUCGUGAUCUUGUUAGCUGGCGUCCUCAUCAAGAAGUGGAGAAAUCACAGAGGCAAACAGACUUUCCUUGGGCUCCAAGGCGACGAUCUUAGUCUGUCAACCUACAGUAAUCCCGCAUUCACCCAAUCUACCGAUUAGUUUUCUAAAACAUGAUAAACUAGUGAAAAACUCCUGAAUGACACAAACAGUUUAUUUUAUACGUAAAAGGUUUAUGGUAAGGCAAUACUCAGAUAAAUUCAAAAGUUACAUCUUUACUUUUUCCUACCGCUUUUACGGCUUAACUAAGUCGCACUACAGUUGAAGUUGAUGAGGUUGUACCCAGCUUGAGCACGCGCAUAUAAAUUAGCUCCAUAUCAGAAGUAUACCGAGAUAAAAAUUACUGUAAUGUACUGGUAAACCUACUUCAUGUACGGGAACGAGACAUAUAUCUCUAGAAAGGGCAGAAUGUCCUCUUUGUAAUGGUAUACAGCUUGUGAUGUUAAGGACCUCCAGUAUAAUACUUGAGCGUAUUUUAUGCAUUAACUCUUCAAUAAGUCAAAGAAUUCAUUGGAAAACGGAAAUAACAUUUACGAUAAAUAGUCUAGUGUUUGUAAGAAAAAGUUGUAAAAGAUAAGAAUAUAAGUUUUCUUAAUUGCUCUGUAUAAACAACGAUGCGAGAAUUUUUUUAUAUAACUGUAAACUAACUAAUGUUACAGGAAUCUUGUUUCCAGGCCCCCCUAUUUUAUUGAAUUUCAAGUUAUACCCUGUGUUUUUCUUUUGAAUGUAUAUACACUUAAAUGCUCCACAUGGUUAACCAAGAAUAUGUUUGAAAGAAUUAUCUAACUAUUCAGAAUGAUAAAAGCAAGAAAAAUUUGCCACACAAGGAUCUGGUUAAUACACGAAAUUUUCAAGUUAGUUUGUUAAAAAUUCCACCUCAUACUUUCACAUUGAAUGCAAAUUGCUAUAAUAUGACUUUUUGGGAAAAAUUAAAGACAGAAGGACAGCAUAGCUUUCUGAAUCACAUUCAGGUAAACAUAAUACUCUACACACCGUCUUAAGAACUAUGCAGCUUCAGUGUCCAUACUAUGCAGAGUACUCACUUGUAGCUUUUGCCCGACUGAUGCCGCAGGACUAAUGUCACGAAUGGAUUAUGAGCAUGAAAUAGGUAUCUAUUGUAGUACACGCGUGGGCGUGUUGAAGGGAUAAUGAUGCGUGCGCGAUCCGCCCCUCAGGAAGAAUUACAAUGAAGCAAAUAAAAAGGAAAGAAACGAAAAAGGCGGAAAGGGGUGAUGCUACUAAAAUAAUGUCGGCCCAGGCCACUUACCAACGUAAGCGGUUUGUCAGUUUGUAGCUGUUUUCCGCUUCCCUCCAAAUCGUGGCCGCGCCCAUGAGUGUAAAUGGGCAAGGGAAAGAAAAUUUAGAAAUUACUCAUUUGCGUGUCCUGCUGGAGCACAUGGCGACCACCUUACCACUACCCGCCCUAUAGGGGUGCAUGUUGUCUUGUGUUAUUGGAACAGCGCCAACACUUUAGAAACGGCUUCCUCUGGGGGCACUGACAGUGCACAUUCAUGAAAAAAUUAGAAAAGCUCAUUUGCCCUUCCAAAGACUGGAAGUUGGAUCAGGCCUAUGCCACCGAAACUUUCACUAGUAUUAAGCUGAUUUGAUGUUUUAAUUUCGUAGGGGUAAUAAUACGAUAAAUGUUAUGCAGUGUACUCUGAAUAAUUAUACUCAGAAUGAGUAUUAAAUGAGCUUAAUUUGCAUACUUUUCUGUUAUCCAAAAUGUAUGAAUAGCUUUCUUUCGAUUUUUACAUUUAGCGAUUUUCUGCGUUCUUGUCUUCUCUCGCCUCUAACCUUGAGUCAGGCUUCGUGGAAUAUGCAUAGCAGCGAUCUUGGUUCUGAUUCAGGUAAAACAAAAAAGUUGUCAUAUUAACCAAGUAGUUUGAUUUCUGGCAAUGCAAUGUGCAUUAAAACAACCUCAAACAUAGUGAUUCAACAACAAAGCACUGUGUUUUACAAACAUACACCGACACGACCUUAGGCAUCUUUAGAAUGGUACGCGUAGGCCUGCUUGGUGUCAGAGGGAGUGCAAACAUUCUCUCCCAUUACAUCUGUCAGAAUCAGUGCAUUUUUCUUCCUUCUCUGGGCCAUCAUACGGUCAGAACACUAUAGUUGAUCCUACUGGUAGUCACUUUUAUCCUAAAUGGUAUAAAAGGCAGGAUUACUGCCUGUUAACGACAGACUCAUUCUUACAUUCAUACAUUUUUCGAUCAAUGAUCGAUAAAAACGUAUUUAUUUUCGAAAAUACAUUAAGACAAAUGCUAAAAAGUUUUAAAAGUCUUGUUUGCGAAAAUAUAAAUGUGACUGUUUUGAAUGACAUAUAGGUGUGGCGACCUUCAAUGGACUUGAGUCAUGUAAGAAAAGCCGAAGCCAAUGUGCGAUUUUUUGCAUGCCGUAGUCUUACAUGUAGACGCCGCACGGCGUGUUGCCAACAUAGAGUACAAUAUAAACUGUUGAAUAUAUUUCUUGUAACAUAAAGCCAAAAGUUUGUUUUUCACACACGGUCAUGGAUGGCCGAACAAUCAUUUUUUUCGGGGGGGGGGCAAUCGGACAAAGGGGGCUUGGGACAAAGUUUCACUUGAAAUGCCAGUAUAAAUCCUAUUCGGUUCUCCCUCUCUCCCAUGAAAUGUUUGUAAUUAAUAGACCAGACGUGUUCUAAAUUCAGUCAGGUGAAUUAUUACAUCUCUUAAUGAUUGCAAUGAUUUACUUUUCAUAGGUUUUAGGCCUACAAACAACAUGUGUAUUAGUUUGCUCAUAAAGUUACCAUUAUUGUGCAAGAUAGUUCCGCUACUGCUGAGAAGUGAGUUUUUGUGGUGACGGAGUACGCUUGUACCCAAGCAAUAUAGUGCAAAAAAUAUUCCAAGAGAGAUAUCCCGACCGUGGACCUCCAGCCUCCAGCCAACCAUUUAGAAUUUUGUGUUUAUUUAUAUAUGCUCUGUAUAUACAGAGAGAGACGCGACACAUCAGAACUGUGGGAAGCAAACUAGCAGGUGUAUGACCCUGUGUACACGUUAAGUUGGCAUAAAUUACUUCCCCGAUCUACUGUACGUACGCUGCUCUGUACUUUUCAUCUCUGUCUUUCACAGCUGAUAAGAGUAAAGACAGAAUGGAACACCCGGUGGAAAUGCUCGUAAUCCUCAUAACCAGAUUCGCCGCGCCCGUGCUUGUUAGGAAUUAAAGGGCCUUCUUGCCUUGGGUGGAGAGUGGCAGAAUACGAAGGGCGGGAAGAUGUAAGUCAUGCUGCCGAAAUGGGAUUUGAAAGGCGAAAAUCGAUUACAGAUAGAAAUCUGGUAUCUUAAAAAUAGAUGAUGAUAAAUAUAUAAGAAUUAAUUGUAUGGAAAUAAUCUGGAAAAGCCUACUGUUUCCCUUUGCGUUUCCCUUGCGUUUUCAGAACACGAUUCCGGCUAAAAGCUAAGCAAAAUUUGUCAGUGCUAACAAGGAAGGACAAGAACCGAUAGUAAUCGCUUGUUGCAAUAUACAAUUCUGCACAAUUCAAUGCACAAUCUACAAACUAUUGUUUUGGCCCUGCAAAAAAUCAAAAUAAAUGAAAAGCUGACACUGACAAAGAUAAGGGGCUUACGAUAUUUUAGGCCGGAAUUUCAUAUUUUUUCAAUACUUUCUAAAUCCUGUUCAUUUUAUGAAGUGCAUAUGUCAUUGCUUAUGACUGCAGUAUCUUAGAUUUGUACAAACCUAAAAAAAGACCUAGCACAGGGAAGUUCCUUGGUAAAAAUAACGCAUCUACAGUUGUAAAAAAAACCAAGGAAUUAAGUCACAUUAUAUAAACUUAGUAUACCCGUAUGCAGUGGAUACAGUACAACAGUGAGACACCGUGAAUACAGUGCUUUUCUGGUGAGGCUAUAUUGUUGAUUUAAUGGCUAUUUAAAGCAUUUUUAUUCCAAUUAAUGAUUUCGAAUAUCCCAAUCAGUCUAAGAAUUGUACGUAUUAUUGGAAAAGUGGAUUAUGUCAUUUGCCAUUCAACUUCAAAAAAUUGCAAAAGAGAAAUAUUACCUGGAACCAUUUUUCACCUGUUCUUUAUGUAACAAUGAAGUUUGAUGAAUCCUGAAAUAUUCUUGUCAAUAAACUGUGUGGCAAACAA